CGCAUUGUUAAAGGUCGCAGAAUGUCAAGGGUGUUCUGUAGUGCAUUUCGUGAGAUUAGAAACUAAACUUUGGUGCACAUUACAAGCAUUUGUGUCAUGUUUGCAUAACGCCCGUGUUGUUAUCUUUUUGUGUGCUUGUUUACUCAGCACUACGACGAAAUUCUUUCUUUUCCCUGUUUCUCUUGCGUCUGGCGCCGUGCUUCCAGCCGAGAGAGAUAGAAAAGAACUGCCUUGGUAGGCAACAGUGGCGUCGACUGCUGUCUGUUUUUUUGACCGUGGGGUGAUUGAAAUCAGGUGAUGGAUAGUUUAAUAGCUAAUGCUGUCUCUACGCACGAGACUAUCUGACAGACAGAACCAGUUUCUGCACCUUGAGACACGUCCUGCUGCUUGCACAAGCGGUUGAGCAUCGACAGCUGCUGCGAUGUGAAAAUAGCCCACCCUUUCACUGGGGCUGUUUGCGUGACGUCGACGCCAGAAUGGGAUCCGUGACUCUCCAACAGCGAGGCCACAGCAGCUAUCAUGUCACCACACCCGACGAUGACAUGUGUGCUUUUGUUUGUGGUUGGGGUGCGGCCUUCGUGAACAUAAUCUGCACUUUUCCAAUGAACAAGGUGAUGUUUAGGCAGAUGCUCCAUGGUGUGCGUACCAACCAUGCCUUGGACCAGCUCCGCAGUGAAGGUUUUCGCCACCUCUACCGUGGUUGCCUGCCACCACUUGUUCAGAAGACCAUCUCGGUCUCCAUUAUGUUUGGCACAUUCAGUGGCUAUAGUCGCUUCACAAUUCAUCAUUUUCCCGAGGCGAACGAUCUCACCGUGAAGUUCCUUGCUGGCCUCAUGGCCGGUUCCACGGAGGCCAUACUCACUCCUUUGGAAAGGGUUCAAGCCUUGCUGCAAGACAAGGAACACCAUCACCGAUUCAAGAACACAGUUGAUGCCUUCAAAUUCCUGUCUCCGUACGGCAUCAGGGAGUACUACAGGGGAUUGGUGCCCAUUCUUCUCCGAAAUGGUCCAAGCACGUUCAUGUUCUUUACCCUGAGGGAUGAAAUGGGACGCCUCGUGCCGAUGGACAAGAAAAUUCUCUGGCAGCGGACACUGUGCGACUUUCUGAGCGGUGCUAUGGUAGGCGCAUUUGUAAGCACUAUAUUCUAUCCUAUUAACGUUAUUAAAACGAUAAUCCAAGUGCAGUAUGGCCCUCCACGCCCUAGCAUGUUAACCGUCUUCAAGGAGACCUACGCAGAACGGAAGAGCCUUCGUAAAAUGUUCUAUGGUGUGCACCUUAACUACACACGGGCGCUAGUCUCGUGGGGCAUCAUCAAUGCAACGUACGAAUUCUUAAGGACACAAUAUAUGCAUUAUGUUAAGAGCAGUCAUGGCAGUUGGUGAGCUUUUUGUAACCUAUUACGUCCUGUUCAAAACUUGGUGCUUUGUUUUAGCCAUGCAUCUGCUGUGAAAUUGUGCCCUAUAUUGGUCAGGGUACAUAAAGGAGCUUCGUCCUUAGGCAUGCUUAAAUUAUAGAAUAGCUUGCGUCAUUAGUUCACGUGUGUGCAUGUUUAUUGGAAGAAAAAGUGAUGCUCUUAUAGUUUUACAUAUAGUGGUGACUCUCAGUAUACAUUUUUAUUAUGAACAUUCAUGUCUUCUGGCAUGCUUCCUUGUAGAUACUUUUGUUUUGUUAUACUGUUGCUCUUUUAUGUGGCCAGAAUGCAAAAGUGCAUGUAGUGCUCAUGCGUGAGGCAUCAUAAAGAAGACUGCACAGACUUCGGAAGGUUGGACAUUCUUGUGUAUUUCAAUACAUUAUGCACUAUAAAUGGUAUGCACAUUAUUCUGUGUUAUUUUGUUAGUAAAGCUAUUUCUAAGCAAACAUGUUUUUUGUAAAAAUGCACUACUGGGGCUAUUUUUGUUUUGUUGAUAGCAAUUUUUUACUAGCCUUAAAUUAUCUUAAAAUUAGCUCAUUGUUGCUGUCGCUGGCUGUAUUUCAGUGGGACAAAAGUACCAAUGCAGGCACAUUUAACUAGUUUACUCAAAUUUGAUUACUUUCCCACUUUUGCACAAUACUUGUACUUAAGGUUGCAUUGUGUAAAACAUUUUUGCUUUGUCUCAAAUUCAUACCAAAGAGGAAAAGCAUCACUUCUUUGCCCAGAAUUGCGAUGUAAAGCCACUUACUUGAAGAAUGGACUGCAGUCUGCAGUGUGCUUGUCAUGCAAACUUGAAGUUCAUCAGGUGUAACCUUUUCAACAACCACAAGAAAUGUUGACCCCUUUCUUUUCUUACUGUGAUGAAAGUCAGUGAAAUUAGGAUGGAGAAGCACAAGGGGUCAGUUGUGCAAGUAGUUGCCGAUAUUUCUUGUUUCUUUCUUUCACAGUCACCUGGAUUCUUAGUCAAAACCAGUUUGGCUCCCUUAUGUCGCCACAUGUUUCCCUUGUAAUGCACACAAGAAACACUUGAGAAACACGGUAUGGAAAAAUCUUUUUCAAGGUAUUUCGUAACUAGAUCCAUUUCAUAGGGCAUUACAUAGUGAUGCAACAGGAACGUUGAAGGAGAGUUGAACAUUCUAUAUAGUCCUCAGUCUUUCAAGAGCACUUGGAGAGAGCAGCAAGUAGUAGUCUUCUUUCACCAUUAGUUUUUUAUUUCUUCCAGUCGUGCUCUGUCACAAUUUUCAGCCAGUAGCUUUAGUCACUGCAAUCAAGCGAGGUUCGCUUCACUAGAUGCUACUUUCUUUGCCUUUAAUACUUUUCUAUCACUUUGAUUUGCAAAAAAUCAACUAAAACGUAAAAGACAAAUUUCAUUAUCUGUGCACACUAGUAUUUUGUGUACUAGGAAUAUCUUUCAGAGCUGCGCUUAACACUAGUGGUGACAUUUAAUUUGGUAAAGUACUACUGUGUGUCUGAGUUGUCAUGGUGAAUAUCUCAUUUGCUCUCUGUGAAUGUUACAAUGUGCAGUACUUUGUGUGAGUGUGUACAAGCCCAUUUUUUUUUCAAUGUACAGAGCAAUACUAUUUACACAUGUUAUUGAUAAAUAAUUUAUAAUGAUGGUGCAUGGUUGCAUCGUUUUAACAUUGUUUAUGCAGCUCUUUCACUUAAGCUUAAGUUACGGCAAAUCAUGCAUUGCACAGAAAUAAAAUGCACCUGAAAGUUGGACCUUUCACACGCAUU